AUGGGCAAUCCCAUCAGUUUGUUCCUCAAGGGGCUUGUUUUCCCCUUAAAAUUCAUAGUGAAUAUCCUAGCGCGUGUCACUGACUUCCUCGAGGGAAAGGAAUUGUAUGGGUUAGACCAUGCUAUCCUAAGUGUGGAGGUCCCUCCAGCCAGAGGAAUGUGGAUGAAUAUGGGGUAUUGGAAGCACACGAGUCAUUUCCCCGAAGCUUGCGAAGCCCUAUUAGAGCAAGUCCUGAUCACAGCAAAGCUUUUGAAUGAAGAUCGAACACCAAUCACGUUCGAUGCAGACAAUAAUACCAAAUCAGAAUCAUUUCUUCAAGAAAUGAAAUUGGUUGAUGUGGGAAUGGGCUGUGGCGACCAGUCUCUCUACUUAACCAGGCAACUGUUUAGGACGACUGACAUUCCCACUGCUUCUAAAUGUAGCAUGCAAGAAGCUCAUUCACUCCGGCCACUCUUCGACUCAUAUGUUGGUCUCACAGUCGUAAAUUCUCAAGCAGAUUUUGCCAGAGAUCGACUUUCGCAGGUUCGAUCUAUCACGGACCUCGAAGGAACUACUCAGGAAACAACAGACGUGAAGAUCUUUGCUGCCAACGCAGCGGAUCCUUCUUCAUGGGAAUCGAGCCUUAAACGCGCUAUUUUCGGUCAGAGCGUAAAAGGGGAGCCGAUACAAGAGUGCAUGAAGAAAACUCAUACAUGGCUAUUAGCGCUUGAUACGUUGUAUCACUUCCAACCCUCUCGUGAUCGGUUGUUCAAAUGUGCGUACCAAGAUAUGCAAGCCUCUAUAAUGGCAUUUGAUCUCCUGCUUUCAGAUCAAGCCACGCCUUGGGAGAGGUUUGUAUUGCGCUUGAUGUGCCUGGUGGCUGGGAUGCCAUAUGGAAACUUCGUCACAAAGACAGGGUAUAAAAGAAUUCUGACGCAGGCCGGGUAUGAGAGUACCCUGAUCGAAAUGCGGGAUAUUUCGGAACAUGUCUUUCCUGGCAUAGCAAAUUUUCUGAGGAAACAGGACGCCGAGUUAAGCAAGUACGGGAUGACCAUAGGCAGGUACAAGGGGGCAGCAAAUGCUUUCGACUGGUGGGGUCAGACCGGAGUAGUCAGAGGAGUUAUUGUUGUGGCACGAGGGCAGAGAACCUAG